AUGUGCCACGAGCGAGAAAAACUGCUCAGCAAAUUGGAGGAAAGUGAACUGGAACCGCCCACUUCGCAGGAAGAUGAAUGUGUCAUCUGUAUCAAUGCCCGGGCCACGAUGCAAACAUCCCCGUGCGGCCAUCGAGUCGUCUGCCGGAGGUGCUUCGUCAAGACCAUCCAGAGUGCCGUUGCCCAGCGAUUGCUUCCGCUGCGAUGCGUCAUCUGCCGGGCCCGCGUCAAUCGUCUCACCAAUGGAUCGACCUCGUGGCGCCUCCAAGGAUCAGCCAGCAGUUAUUCCAUGGGCAGCAAAAGCUGGAGCGUUCCCGGAUCGGCCAGUUCAUAUAGUGUAGACGACGCUCGAGUAGCUCAAUCGGCCAGCCUAUACUCGAUGAGCUCCGGAUCGUCUUGUAUGUCCGGCAUCUCGAACAUCUCCAGCUGUUCCGGAACAUCCGGAACGUCCGGCAUGUCUUCCACAUCUUCGGCCACCAGUGGUGAUUGUGGUCCGCACAGCCACCAUCAUGGGACAGGACACAGCCACAAACACAACGGAUCCUGCUCCAGCGGUUGUUUGGGGGCGAUACCGCGAAACCCUUCCUACCAGCUCCAUCAUAAGAAAGGACAAUAUUAUUCUAAGAACCGCAUUCCCGAGAUGCCAAAUCGUUUACCGCCAAUUAUCGAAUUUAAAAGCCCUACAAGGCAUCGGACGCCAUCUCCUGCCAAUCCCGGAGCCAGGUUCAAAUACUACACCCAACCGGGGAAACCGGCCAGUCCGGCCGGCAACCAGAUCGUCGAAUCGAUACCGCUGAUCAGCAUCGAGAAAACCCCACGCAGUCCGGCGGGCCCCGGAAAGCUCGGUCUAAGUCCCAAGAUAGCUCCGUCCGCGUGUCGAUCUCCCAUCAACAAAACCAACAUGGCCACCGGGAAACCGGUUACGACUUCGCUGAUGACGGCCGUCGCCACCGGAAGCACCUCCAAAUCGCAUCGGGUCAUUUCCGCCGCCAGCGGUUCUGGUCCAGGCAGCUCGCUCGGAAGCGGUAGCAUGGGUAAAUUUAGCAAUAGCGCAGGUUCAAUCGGAGGGAUCGGUUCCAAGCAGGAUGAAAAAUAUGACAAUAAAAAAAAUGAGACGAUCGAGAAGAAGAAAAAAGAGGACAAGCAGAAAAUGAAAGCGGAAAAGGAAGCUAGGAAGGAGGAAAAACGGAUCGCCAAAGAGGAGGAAAAGCUAGCCAAGAUGCUCGCCAAAGAGGAGAAAAAACGUGGCAAGAAGGAAGCUAAGGAAUCACUAUUGGCCAACGAAGGCGGGGGAGAUGGAACCGGAAGUGGAAAAUAGGACAUCCUCCGAUGGAGGAACUUGUUUGCACGCCACUGAGACCUCCAUUUGUAAUAAAAUGUGUGUCGUAGAAAUUUAUAUACAAAAAAAAACCGUAAUUUUAGCAAGCAAAGUUGAACGCUGAGUGUUUCACUGAAAUAAGGUUAAAAAAAAGUUAAAAACAGACAUUCUAAAAGAAAAUAAUAUACCUUUUGUCACUUUAAAGUUAAACUGAUUAACUGUCAAAUUUAGGUUGUAUCUUAGAAGUUAAAUCAAUCCCGGAUGAGGUGGAGCAAUAUACCAGUUCAGAUAAAUUAUCUAAAAAACUACUAAAACAAAUACAAAAAAAAACAAAACAUCGAACCACACGCAACACCUUAUUGUUAUGAACAACAUAUCAAUCAUAAAAGCUUCCUUUUAUGUGAACAAUUUGCAUACUUCCCACUGAAAGUGGUUCCAGAUACAGAGAAAGAGAGAGAUUUUAUCGUUAUAUUCAUCAAAUGAACUUAAAAACUAACCAUGUCGAGUGGCCAACAAACUUCUAUCGAUUCAUCAGUGUGGAGAGUAGAGGAAAUAAAAAAAAAUCCGGAUACAAGAGUCCGUUUGUUUUAAAAGGAACCCUUUCCAUAACUUCCACGUUUU